AUGGACGAAACGGAGGCACGCGCGCUCGUGCGCCGUUGCAAGUCCUUCACCAUCAUCAACAACGAGCUCUACAAGCGCAGCGUCUCCGGAGUAUUCCAGCGGUGCGUCACCGCCGACGAAGGCCGCAAGAUUCUGCGCGACAUCCAUGCAGGCGACUGCGGCCACCACGCAGCCCACGAAGAUGCAGUCGACCUCGUCCGCGCGUGCGCCGGAUGCCAGAAGUACGCGAGUCAAUCGCACAUGCCAGGCUCGGCGCUAAAAACCAUACCCCUCACCUGGCCGUUCGCCGUCUGGGGCAUGGACAUGGUGGGAAAAUUCAAGACAGCCCCCGGCGGGUACACUCACCUCCUGGUCGCUGUGGACAAAUUCACCAAAUGGGUGGAGGAAAAACCCAUCAAGAAGGGAAUGGCCGACUUCUGCGAAGACAAAGGCAUCCGACUCGACCUCGCGUCAGUCGCACACCCUGAGUCGAACGGGCAAGCAGAAAGGGCGAACCAGAGCAUCCUCCAUGGAAUCAAACCACGACUGGUGGUACCCCUGGAGCGCGUGGCCGGAUGCUGGGCAGAAGAACUCCCCUCCGUCCUCUGGGGCAUUCGCACAACACCAAAUAGGUCGACUGGCUUCACGCCCUUCUUCCUGCUGUACGGUGCCGAAGCUGUCAUGCCCACCGACAUCGCCUACGACUCGCCACGAGUCGCCAACUACGCCGAAGAAGAGAACGAGCGCGCUCGGCAAGACGAUGUCGACCUCUUCGAUGAGGCACGAGACCUCGCACUCUCCAGGACGGCCAUUUACUAG